AUGGCGAUCAGAUAUCCAAAUCAUCCCUUUGCCAUGCAGUAUGGCCAUCCAGGUAUGCAUCUGGUGGUUCAACAAGGCAUGCAAGGCAUGCAGGCAUCCGGGCAUCUGCAGAUGCCCAUAAUGCCUAUUGCGCACCAACCAUCAUACACAGUGAUCACUGAGCCAGCAUCACAGAGGCACAAGCCUCAUAGGCCAUCAUCAGUAACAGAGGACCCCCCAACAAGUUUGCAAUUGAAGGUUCACUCAAAUGCUGAACCUCAACCUGGAGCCUUUGUUUUCAUGACAGACAUUCGGCACAUAUUUGAGAUGCUCAAUGGGCCCCAAGGUGAUGCACAGCUAGUGUACAAGAUAUCUGGUGAUACAGGCAAGCAGUCCCAUAUAAGUAACCGCUGGGACUUUAAGAUGGAGAUGGAGCAACUGUCAAACAAAGCAUGGAAUGCUCAAACUCAAGCAGUCACUAUGGAGAUCCCGCUAGUGACUCCUACCACCAUGACAACAACAAAGAAAAAACAAACCCGUGAAGAUGAUGUACCCCCUGUACCAAGUGCCAAGUUUAAUGGGCAAUUAAAAGUCUUCAAACAGCUUGAACAGGCUAUCAAGUGUGAGGCCUAG